CCAUAAAUCCGUAAUAGUGACAGCGCGAGUCGCAAUUCUCAACGGACUCAGACCACAGUGGUGAAGGCCGGAGCCGGUGGCCGAUUCUUUCUUCUUCACCAUGCGCAUAAUCGCAUCAAAGCUAACUACUUUUCAGCAUCUGUGCAGAAGGGAACCUGUGCGAACCCUGCAAUUUCGCACUUUUUCAGCUUACGACGAAAGAGAGAUUGAGAAGGAGGCUGAAAGAAAAGUAGGAUGGUUGUUAAAACUUAUCUUUGCCGGGACUGCGACAUUUCUGGGUUACCAGAUUUUUCCAUACAUGGGGGAUAACUUGUUACAGCAAUCUGUGUCGCUCUUGCGAGUCAAGGAUCCAUUGUUCAAGAGGAUGGGAGCGUCUAGAUUGGCUCGCUUUUCAAUUGAUGAUGAAAAAAGGAUGAAAAUAGUGGAGAUUGGUGGCGCUCAAGAGCUGUUAAACAUGCUUGGGGCUGCUAAAGAUGACCGGACACGUAAGGAAGCUUUGAAGGCUUUACAUGCCAUCUCACAUUCAGAUGAAGCUGCUGGUGCUUUGCAUAAAGCAGGGGCAAUAUUGGUUAUUAAAUCUACUCCAGAUUCGGCUGAAGAUAUGAAAGUAAAUGAGUACAAGUCAAACCUAAUGAAGAGAUUUAGAGAUCUUAGAUAUGAUGUUUCAUCUUGACAAGUAAGAAGUUUCUUUCUUUUAUUAUUAUUAUUAUGUUUUCUGAGAGAGAGAGAGGGAACAAUGGCACUUACUGGUGAUGUGAGGAGGGACAGUACUGCUACCUGACAUUGUAAUAUGCCGAAGGCAGCUUGGGCGUGAGAGAUAGAUUGAGGGACAUGGAAACCACUAGAGACAUGCAAAGGAGAGGAGGGACACGGGGAAGUUGAAAAAGGACUUUUUGAAAGAAAAAUAAAAUAGAAAUUUGACACUUCUAAUUUGGAUCUUUGCUUUUGUUUGCGUA